AUGUCCUCUCCACCGAAGAUGCAGGCCGUCAGGACGGUCGACGUGCACCAGUCCAAUGUCGAGCUCGUAGACACCCCGAAGCCUGGGCAAGGCGAGAUCCUGAUCUGCACAAAAGCCGUCACUCUCAACCCCACUGACUGGAAACACGUUGCCUUCAUUUCUCCUUCAGGCGUGACGGUCGGCUGCGAUUUCGCUGGCAUCGUCGAAGGACUUGGUCCAGGCGUGAGCAAUGGACUCAAGAAAGGCGACCGCGUCUCGGGAUUUGUACACGGUGGCAAGUACCCAAACAAGGGAAGCUUUGCUGAAUUUCUCACUGCCAAGGCUGCAGGCGUCAUGAAGAUCCCCGAUGCUCUCUCCGAUGCCGAAGCAGCGAGUAUGGGCAUCGCAGGCGAGACAGCCGUGCAGGCGCUCUUCCAGCGAUUGAAUGUGAAGGCUCCAUCUUCCUCCAUCACUUCCAUUCCACAGAUCACCAAGGACUCCCCGAAGCUGCUCGUCUGGGCCGGCUCGACCUCUGUGGGCCAGUACGCGAUUCAGCUUGGCACUAUUGCGGGUUACUACGUGAUCACGACCGCGUCGCCCAAGAACCACAAGCUGGUCAAGUCUCUCGGCGCGCAGGAAGCGCACGAUUACAAGGAUGAGAGCGUGCCGGAGGCAAUCAGCAAGGCCCAUCCGGACCUCAACAUUGCGCUUGAUUGCAUCUCGGAAAAUGGAACGCAGAGCUUCUGCGCCAGGAGCCUGGGUACCAGCGGCGGCAAGAUCGCCGUGCUCCUCGCGCCUGACAAGAACGCCAGGGAGCUCCGAAACGAUGUGCAGAUCAUUCACACCCUUAUCUACUCUUCUCUCGGAGACGAGUUUUCUUAUGGCAAGAGAGUCUACGACCGUGCGGAAGUUGCGACCGACUUCGAGUGGAUGAAGCUGUGGCUUGACGGGGACAAGGGCCUCCUGCACCAUCUGUUUGCCAAAGGCCUGCUCAAGUCCAACAAGAUCAAGCACAUGGACGGUGGGAUUCAGUCGAUCCAUGAAGGCAUGAAGUACAUGCGGGAGAGUAAGGUCAGCGCAGAGAAGCUCGCGUACACGAUCAGCGCGUAG